AGUCGUUGUGUCUCGUGUUGGACGUGCGCGCGUUUCUCCCAGCAGUCAGUGCUCGUCCCGGUUUAGCGCCGAGGAAACGCCAAGAGUCUCCAGGCCGACUGAGACGAUAGAUAGAGGAAAAGAGAGAGAUAGAUAGAAGGAGAGCGAGUGUCCUAUCUACGCACAGCGCGAGUCCUGCGCGUCCUUCUCCUCCUGUCCUAGAGGAGACGACGUCUCGCUUCGGCCGCCAAAAUGGUGUCCGGAGGCAUGGCCUGUGUCAAGUACCUGCUGUUCCUGUUCAAUCUCAUCUUCGCGAUCACAGGGAUCGUCUUUAUCUCGGUGGGCUCUGUCAUUCUCAUCGUUUAUAAAGGCUACGGGAAUUUUGUCGACAUAUGGAUGUUCGCAGUACCAGUACUGAUGAUAAUCGUCGGCAUUGUUGUAUUUAUCAUGUCAUUCUUCGGUUGCUGUGGUGCAGUUAAGGAAAACCACUGCAUGAUAAUAACGUUUUCAGUAUUAUUGCUGCUGAUCUUUGCCCUUGAAUUGGGCGCUGGCAUCUCAGGAUACAUGAUGCGUAGUAAGGUCAGCGCUAUGCUGGAAAAGUGUAUGAACGCUGCACUUGUGGACUACAAUAAUAGAGACGAUUUCCGUACAUCGUGGGACAUCAUGCAACACGACUUGCAAUGCUGCGGCGUCCAUUACCCCUCGGACUGGACACGCGCCGGCUUCCCGGACAAGACUUUGCCCAAAUCCUGCUGCACGGAACUGCCGGCAAACAAUCCGACUUGCGACACCAACGACAUCAAGUCCAACACCGAAGGCUGCAAGGAUCAGCUACACAGGAAAAUCGAGGAAAACGCAUUGAUACUUGGCGGUGUCGGCAUCGGCGUCGCUCUUAUUCAGCUGAUCGGGGUGAUCUUUGCGUGUUGCCUGGCACGUUCUAUUCGCCGCGAGUACGAGACUGUUGAAACCACAGCGCACUGAUCAGCCACCGCUUAGGAGGCAUAUAAUCAUAAUCUUGUCCAUCAUGCAUUGAUAGAUAAAAACUAUAAAUAGAAUCAUCGUGACCUUAGUCAUCUCCGAUACGCUUGUGAGUUUA